GACGGCAAGCGGACCUCCCAUUGCUACCUACAGCCUCCCAACUCGCUGACUUCGCCUCGACAAAGUAUAGAAUUAGUGUCGUUGCAAGUUACUACCGAUAUUGUGACUGAGUGGCUAGCGACCAUACCACUGCAACGUUCGUCCGACAUCUAUUAUAUCGCACGAUCUUAGACUAUCCAAGUCAACACCAUGAGCACGGGGAAGUUGAAUAUAGAUGGAGUCAUGCUGUUCGAGCAACCUUUUGCCCGCGUCCCUUACGAGAACUAUCGCAAGGUAUUCCGUGCGUCACAGAAGAAUAUUGAGCGGGAAUUGGGUAACGUUCAGGCAUCCGCUAACGAUCUCUCACGGCGUGAAAAAAGUGGCGACUCUACGCCUCGGGAUGCAUCAAAGACCGUGGAGGGGAUGAUAGGGAGGGUAGAGAACCUGAAACGUAAGCUCUCUGAGCUCCAGGAUACUGCUGGAAAACCUACCCUCGACGUUACUCGCGAACGUUUACACCAUCUUGCCGUUGUUGAGGCCCUCCAGUCCACAAGCGAGCCAGAAUUUUCUCGAUGGGCUGACACACGGCUUGAUCGCUGGUUGGUCGACUGGGCCUUGCGCUCUGGCAAGGAGAAGACGGCAAGGAAACUUGCUGAGGAGAAGUCAAUAGAAACGCUUGUGGACAUUGACUUGUUCGCGGAUAUUCAUCGCAUUGAGGAGGCUCUUUCUCGACAUAGUUGCACUGAAGCUCUGUCUUGGUGUAGCGAGAACAAAACUGCACUGCGCAAAAUCAAGAGUACCUUAGAGUUCGAGCUACGACUUCAGGAAUAUAUAGAGUUGGCCCGCGCCCGCAAAUCCAGCGAUGCCAUUAUAUAUUCCAAGAAGCAUUUAAUAGCAUGGCAAGAGACUCAUAUGAAACAGAUCCUUCAGGCAUCUGCAUUACUCGCCAUGCCUCCUACGACCAGCUGUGGACAAUAUCGACGCUUAUAUGAUCCCUCGCGAUGGACGUCAUUGAUUCAAGCUUUUCGUCUGGCAAUCUACAAUCUCAAUAGUCUCCCAACAGAGCCCCUUCUCAACCUUGCGCUUUAUUCUGGCUUAGCCUCACUGAAGCUUCCUACGUGUUACCAUUCUACGAAGAACAUUGACUGUCCUGUCUGUGAUGCCGACAUAGGACUGUUAUCUAAAGAGGUUCCAUUUAGUCACCACCUGAACUCGACUAUAGUGUGUAGGCUGAGCGGGAAGAUUAUGGAUGAAGAUAACAUGCCUAUGGCGUUUCCCAAUGGUUAUGUUUAUUCAAGAGAAGCUUUAGAGGAUAUGGCAGCGAAGAAUAAUGGCCAAGUGACCUGCCCUCGGUCUGAACUUACUUGCGAGUUCUCUGCGCUAAAGAAGGUCUUCAUAUCGUAGGAGCCAUUGAUAUGUCUCUGUAUUGCGCGAAAGAAAGCACAUUCGGCUGUGAAGCGUUUCCAUUCUGCCUUGUGUACCAUAGAAUUCUCUCAUAUCUGCAAUAUUUGUAGAAGUUUCCCUGUACCCACCAAGAUCUCAUCUGCUAGUGUACUAAUAUGGAAUUUGUUGUAAUUUAGAUAUACGAUGAUGAAGUCUGUUAGGUUUACUGUAACGUACUGUAACUGGAUAAAGCUCUGCUUAAGGGCCACGGUAAUCUUGUCAGGAUC